UUUUGCAGCGGGGCCAUGGCCGGGGCCGGGAGCGCAGCGCUGAGGCUGCUCCAGUCCUGCAGCCCGCAGGGCAGCGCGAAGGUACCACAAAAGCAUCUGGCCCCUCUGGGAAAAGAGAGAGAAGCAGCCAAAGCCGAGGAGGAGUGGCAAAGUGAGAAGCUGCUGAAACAGACGGAAGCCGAGAGGCAGAAGAUCGUCUGGGAGUGGAAGGAGCUGCGAGGGUUUCUGGAGGAGCAGGAGCAGCGGCUGCUGUCCUGGCUGGAAGAGCUAGAGAGAGCCAUUGUCCAGAGAAGGGAUGAGGGCAUCUGCAGCCUGUCCUGGGAUAUUUCCCUGCUCAGUGAGAGGGGAGGAGAGAAGGGGCAGCAGCCGCUGAGCCAACCCCUGCAGGGUGCUGGGAGCACUGGGGGCAGCAGGGAGGACAGGAUGUUUCAGAAGCCGGAGCUGGAGUUUGCAGAGCUGGAGAAGAGACUCAGCGAUUUCUCUCUGAAAAGUGCCAUGCUGCAGGAGGUGCUGCUGGGAUUCAAAGAGACGCUGCGACUGGAGCUGUGGAGCAACACAGCAGAGCUAGAAUUAUUGAAAGGCGUUGCACCGGAGAGUAAAGGCACAGAGGCAGUGGCUUGUGGGGAACAGGGUGGCAGAGUAACACCCACCUUUGGCUCCAGAUUGUCCCAGCCUCCCACAGGACAGGGAAGGGAACUGGCUGUAGUGGAGCCAGUCCAGGGGCCGGUGACCUUCGAGGAGGUGGCUGUGUAUUUCACCAGGGAUGAGUGGGCUCUGCUGGACCCCCGUCAAAGAGCCCUCUGCAGAGAUGUCAUACAGGAGAACUAUGAGAAUGUGACCUCGCUGGCAGGUGAUGCAAUGGUAUGUGACAAAGAGGAGCAGAAUUCUCAGAAGGAAAACGUUGAGCAAGUGGAUAAACACAGAGCAUCAUCGCAUAGAUCAAAAAGGAAUGUGUCCAGGAAUCAUGAGCAGGAAAACUCCUGUGAGAUUCAGCACAGUCCAGAAAGAGAGCUGGGAAACCAUCCAGGGGAGAAAGUGGGUAAAUGUAUUUCCUGUCGGGGAACUCAGAAGGACCUCAAGGAAACCACAACACAGCAGGAAAUCCUCAUGGGAAAGAGAAAAAAUACAUGCACUGAGGGUGGAAAAAAUUUAUGUGACUCCUCAGUCCUUAUAAAGCAUCAGAGAAUCCCCACAGGUGAGAGGCCCUUUGAAUGCAGUGAGUGUGGGAAAAGCUUCAGUUGCAGCUCGCACCUUAUUAGGCAUCAGAGAAUCCACACAGGAGAGCGGCCCUAUGCAUGCAGUGAGUGUGGGAAAUGCUUUGCUAAGAACUCAGCCCUUUCUGAACAUCAGAGAAUCCACACAGGGGAGAGACCCUAUGAAUGCAGUGAGUGUGGGAAAAACUUCACUCACAGUUCAGGCUUUUUUCACCAUCAGAGAAUCCACACAGGGGAGAGGCCCUAUGAAUGCAGUAAUUGUGGGAAAAGCUUCAAUCGCAGUUCGAACCUUAUCAGGCAUCAGAGAAUACACACAGGAGAGAGGCCCUACAAAUGCAAUGAGUGUAGGAAAAGCUUCACUAGCAGCUCAGCCCUUUCUGAACAUCAGAGAAUCCACACAGGGGAGAGGCCCUAUGAAUGCAGUAAGUGUGGGAAAACCUUCUCUUGGCACUCAACCCAUCUUAGCCAUCAGAGAAUCUGCAAGGGAGAUCAACUCCAUAAAAACCUCUAGGGCAGUAGUCCCCAACCUUUUUCAUCUGGCAGGUGCCAGACAAUGAGCCACAGAGGGCUGUGAUGGCGGACGAGCAUCCGCCGAAAUUCUGCCGACAAGCGGCAAUGUCAAUAGGUGUCACCCCUGACAAGCAGCGUCAUCCAGAGGUGCCGCCGCCGAAAUACCGUCGAAAAUUGGUGGCAUUUCGGCAGCGAUGCCUCUGUAUGACAUGGCUUGUUGGCGGCAUUUCGGCAGAUGCUUGUCUGCCGGCCAGUACGCGGGCACUAUGGCUCCCGUAGGCACCGUGUGGGGACCCCUGCUCUAUGGCUAUCAAUACUUUUUCUCUUUAAUAAUUUUCCUGAUUCCCACAUAGUAACUUUUAAAGCUUUUUGAACUGUUUGCUGCACCAUUAUUCCUCAGUUUGUCCAGAUGAGUGGCCCAUUUUUGUCUUUUUGCAGUUUGCCCUGUUUUGAGGUGGACCCAUUUGUCCUGUCUAUCAAUUCAAUUGUCUCGUGAGUAAUUCUAGUGUGCCCUUCCUAUCAGGAAACAGGGAGCAUCACAUUUAUACCAUUCCUCCUAUUGCCAAGUUAUUGUUAGAAUCACCAAUGAUUCAGAUUGUAUCAUUGCCAGUUCUCACGUUGCUCUGGGUUGUGCCAAAGAGCAGUUAUAUUGGGAACUUUUCAAAUUAUAUGUAAAUGAAGAGGAGCAGAGGGAGGAAAAAAGUGUUAUUUCAGCCUCUGUGAUACUGGAAGAGUACGGGGUGACUCAGAGAUUCCCUCCUUCCCCAUCACUGCAGAAUUGUUACCUUUUGUCUGACCCAUGUAGAGUUUAUCUUCAUCACAUUCUAUCCAUCCACUUCUCAAAGUGUCAUGUGAUGAAGCUUUCUCCAUUGUCUGCACUUGGAGAUGAUGCUUUGACUUCUUUAAUCCUACAUCAGAGUCGCUAUGACUGGAGAUGAAACUGUCAAAGACCUGGAAGGGGAAUUCAAAUCGAUCCCAAACACAGUGUGAUCAUUUGGAGUUUAAAUCCCAGGUUCCAUCUAUUGAUAAAGCCACUUCAGGCAAGGUGGCUGUUUUGUCCUCCAUUAGGAUACUAAACAUGUUGUAAAUAACAUAACUGACUAUUGAGACAGUGCUGAAUGAAGCAGGUUUGAAUGGAUCAGAGGAUAAUGUGAUGGGAGAAUCUCUUAUCCUGAUUCUGAAUAAUCAGAUGUAACCUGCUCUGGAAUUUCACUUGACACUUCCAUUGUCAUGUAUUCUGUCUCUCUGUGAUGUGGGUUUCUAUCUUUUCUGAAGGCUGUUUGGUCACCCAGUUGGAUAUUAGUUCAGUUUGAUAGGAUGUAGCUCAGAUUUAUUGGAGACUUAAGACAAAUGGCCAUUUGCUAAAGUCGUCAUUUCUCACUUCAGUUUUGCUUUUCCCCCCAUCCCUCUAUUAUGACAUAGAGAAAGUUCAAGUGCAGUUCUGUCAACAGGAGAGAACUCUCCAAUUUACUUGACAUGCUAACAAAGAAACAGCAGUGAUUUAAAAUCUCCAUUCAGAAAUGGUUAACAACAGCAGAACCCCAACUAACUGAAGGAAGUGCAUAUGAUCACAGUAUCAGAGGGGUAGCCGUGUUAGUCUGAAUCUGUAAAAAGCAACAGAGGGUCCUGUGGCACCUUUGAGACUAACAGAAGUACUGGGAGCAUAAGCUUUCGUGGGUAAGAACCUCACUUCUUCAGAUGAUCACAGUGUAGUUCAAUUGUUGAAGUCAAUGUUGUCUCAGAUGAUCUGGGGACAGAAUUCCAUAUUAGGUGAUUUUGAACUAGGCAAAAUGCCCAUGUAUUUGGUUCGCAAAUGAUGUGUAGCCCAGGCCCUACAAAAGAUCUCUCCUAGCUAAUCCUAUGUUAUGGGGAAUGCUGCCCUUCAUGACACAGAUGUUUAGGAAAUAGAAGUGGGAUUUUUGUUAAAUUUAUCCUUUGUAGGUGUUAAAAAUUUGUAUAAAAUCAGUGUUAGAAAUUUAAUAGCUGCAGAAAAAUAAUUAUUUUUGAAUAGAAUCUCCAGCUCUGGUAACAAACGAAGAUUCUGAUCCAGCCCUGUAUCCUGUCCCUUGCCUGGAACUGUGCCACCCAGUUAAAGACAAGCUGGGUAUGUUUUGGGAAGCCAUUCUUCACUAAUACUGCUGAGAUUUUGAGUGGUUUUUUAAAGGUUUCUAUUUCAUAGAAUUGUAAAUUUACCCUAACCAAAGCCAAGGAUUUUGAAAGAACUGGGGUGGAAAGAGUACACACCCAGUUCUUGGUUUCUACCCCAGUAAAGGAAGCUCUGGUGACCAAUGGCCCGAGGAAAAUUGUUGUACAACUCCACUUCUUAGUUCAGUGUCACUGAUUACAGUUCCAAAGAAUACCAAAGUUAGACUGAGAACAGUAACUCUGAGUCUGGACUCAAAAAUCCAGAGGGCAGCUUAGAAAAAAGAUGUUUAAAAAUGCUACUUUUGGGGGGUAAUGUUAUUACUUUCUUGGUUUUUCUGAGACUCUUGGGACAUGUUUUCUGCCUGAACUUGAAGGCUAAAAAUGGACUUUUUAAAAUAAAUAAAUGGGGAGAUUUUUGUAUCCUCAUUGGGCUUCGAGAUUGGGGCCCCGUUGUGUUGGGCACUGCAGAGACCCUGUACAACUCAUAGUGAGAGAGAGAGUCCUUGCUGCCAACAGCUCACAGGUGAAAUAGACAAAGUGUUGGAGAGCCGUUCCCAUUUUACAGAUGGGGAAACUGAGUUCCAAAGAUGUGAUGUAAUUUGUCCAUGUUUGCACAGAGAAUAAUGGGGCCAGAUUGGGAACCGAGUCCAAAUUUUCUGAGUCACAGCCUGGCCCUUAAUCACAAGCCAAGUGUUGUUGAUUGCAUGGUAGAGGCCCCAGUGGGAAGUUGCAGAAUUGCCUUCAUUGGAGGAUUUUAAGAAGGGGUUAUACAAACACCUGUCAGGGAUGGUCUAGGGAUACUUUUCCUGACUCUCAGGGUCCCUCCCUGACCCACCUUUCUAUAUGAUUAAAUGGAUCAUCCUAUUUAUAAUGACCAAACUUUUAUCUCUGGAAUUAUCUGUUAAAUGGUUAUUAUCCCCCUCUUGCCUGGGGUAGAAUGGAAGAAGAGAAAAUCCUCUCUCAACAGAGGAUGCAAAUGUUGGUUUGUUCUCUCUUCAUGUUUUACUGAAGCUCAGAGAGACAGGAAGAACCAUUACCUACCUAAGAUGGUAGAGAGGACAGGGAGUUUAUUUCAUUUUGGGCUGUGAAUAUAAGCAGAAGAGUGGCUGUCACUACCAUCCAAUGUGGGGUUUUAAUGCAAGACCAUGGGAUUUGAAGUGUUAUGUGCUACCAACUGAGCUAGCCAGGUUUGAGUCUGUUCAGCUGCCCAGUCUCCAUGUAGAAGGAGCCCUGAGAGCAUUUAUUUGCAAGCUGAGGUUCCUUUUCUGACAUUUGCCUUCUUUCCUGGUUUGUUAUGUGUCCAGCGAGCAAACCGGAGCUGUUACAAGCCUAGUUAGAUGCUGCUUUCUAGACCAGAGAUCUGGGGUUGAUUUAGCAUGCUGUCACCAUCAGCUGGUCAGAGUAACCAGUGUGGGAGGGUGGAAUUUGGAUUCUCCCACCGGUGGAGGUGUUGUUAGACUCAUCUAGUGGGGGAGAAUCUGAAAAAGCUUCUCAGCUCCCAGAAAUGGGGUAGAGAAGAUGGUUCCCUGCACACCACGCACACAUUUUCACAGGAACUCAGGACCCCUGGUUAAAAACUCAAAAGAAGCCCGGGUCCAGGAAUGUCAGAGAAGGGAAUCACUGUUUGCCUUAAGAGGUGGGUGAGGGAAACCUGCAGGUACUUAGAUCCCUCCAACAUCUGAUAUAACCAUUUGUGGGGAAGGUCUGGAGAAGCUGAGGAAGACAAGGAGAGGGGAAAAGAGCUUGUAGCUGUUAUGCAAUCACCAUGCUCCCAGCAGAGGGGUCCUGGGGGUUCAGCACUUUGGCUGCUUGUUGAGGACACAGAACUCACAAGAUGGCAAAGCUCAGAGCCCCAUUACAUGGAGUAAGAAUGCAAUCAGCUCACACCAAGGGUGAGCAACACCCCUCCUUUGGUCUCUAUGCCAGAGCUCCUAUCAACUCAGCUUCCUUCCUGGAAAAGCAUCCAGGUAGGCUGCCGAGAGGGUUAUGAUGGGGUAAAUUAAGACAGAGGAGGAUUGUUCCUCAUGGCUUUCCUUUGUGUUGCUCUGUGAUCCUGCUGGAGUUUGUUUUAGUACCUUGGGUUGGGCUCACAUUGUAACCCCGAGCACAGCAGUUCCUGCACUCUCUGCUCUUAGACCCUCAGGGAAUGGACAAAAGAGCAGCUUCAGAAAUUGGACAGAAAGUAGCCUAAGAAAGUGUAGUAUAAGUGAGAAGAAAAUAAACAUUAUCAACUCCCUGGUGGUCUAAUGGUUAGGCUUUGGCACUUUUAUUGCCACAGCCUAGGUUCAAUUCCCCAUCAGGGAAAAGUGACUUUAUAUCAAAGUUAAUUGACAGUUAUUCUUCAGAGUAGCAGCCAUGUUAGUCUGUAUCCGCAAAAAGAACAGGAGUACUUGUGGCACCUUAGAGACUAACAAACUUAUUUGAGCAUAAGCUUUCAUGGGCUACAGUCAACUUCUUCCGAUGCAUAGAAUGGAACAUAUAUUGA